GUUUAGAUCCCGAAGGAGAUCAACCAAUAAACGAAGCUGACGAUACCAAAGAAGACCAACCAAACUCAAUCAAAGUAGACGAUCUAGAAAAUCCCAAUGGAUGUUGGAUAUCAUUAAAAGAACAAAGUUAUUUUGCGAAGAUGAGUCAACUGGAGAAAAAGUACAAGGACGUCAGGGAAGCAUACGCAAAGGCUGUAGACUCGCAACGAUUCAAUGAGAGAAUGCUGGAGUCACUGGCGCAAAGAAGAGGCAUAGCGGAGCGAGCUCUCCAGGUGUUUGAGGGGAACCCCAACGUGAUCCCCGCCGGCCUCAACCUCGGCAGCUACUGCAUGAUGAGGAUGCCCGACUCUAUGCUUUUCUUCUACCGCCUGAAGCUCCGGAACAACACGCGGUUCACUGUGAACUUCAUUCACAACGACGUGGAACAACUUAUGUUGACGAUGCGUCUGUCCCUCAACGAUUUACACCUGCUCGGAGAAUAUGAGCGCGCGAUCACAUCUAAGGAGGACUCAUCGCAAUUAUACUACAGGCCAAAUAAAGGAGAAGUUGAGUUCUUACUGAAAGAUGUGAAAUACAAGGUGGAGGGACGGUACCGACUCCUCGAUGGCAGGCUUCACAUUGAGCACAUUUUAUCGGAGAUACCGCCUAUGCAGAUACUUAUGCGUUAUUCAGCAGACAAUGAAGGGAAGAGCGUUCCGUUGGAUCCUAAUAGCUUAGAGGAUUACCUGAACAGAAUGCAGAUCGACCUCGACCACUGGCUGAAGGACUACUUUAACGACUUUCUCAUGCUUUAUGGAGUUGAGGAGGUCAAGAAAAACAAGCAAAUACAGGAAUAUGAAAACGAAAGGACGAUCCUACUAAAUCAAUUCGCGGACCAAGUUAUGGGCGUGCUGAAUGGACGUAUGCGAGAGAAGGGACCAAGCCUCAUGAUGCCAGACUUUACGCUGAACACUGCCAAUGGGAUGCAAAUAAGGCUGUACGAUGGUUCCGUUCGCGGUCUGGACACUAUGUACCGGCGCUCCGUCACCACCGGCAAAAAUGUCGGCGAAGUGCGCCACAUCGACACCGACAUCGGUUUCAGCGGACUAAAGACGGAGUACAGAUACGACACGUACGUGAAGACCGGCAUGCCGCCGGUGUCCGGGGUGUUCGUGCUCAACUCCGAAGACAUUAGCGCACACAUGGCUCUCCAGAUUGUUGGAUAUAAGCCUUCUGUCCCGGACCUGCUUAUCACCUUCUUGAGACAUGGAAAACCAGAAUCGCUGACGGUUGAAGGACCCGCCAGUAGAAUAAUCGCCAACUUCAAACACCUUUUAGAACAUCACAUCAUUUCAAUUAUGAGCAGCACGCUGAUACACCACAUACGUUCUUUGAGUGCUUUGACAAAGUGUGAUCCGCAACUUCCUGUCAAAGACUAUGAAGAGGGUAGAGAAAGAUUUACUACACAGACUGAAAAUUAUGGAGACUACGAUAUAACUACGCCAAUGGAACCUGAUGAUGCGGAUACAGAAACGCCAGAUAAUAACGAUGAUGAUAAUAGUCCUACCGAUCCCUCAGAUAAUAAUAAUGUUGAUGAACCAACUUCAGAUAAUAACGAUGAACCUACUGAACAGCCAGAUUAUACCGAAGACGAGCAGCAAACUGAACCGCCAGAGAAUGAUGAUAAUGAUGAACUAACUGAAGAGCCACAAUAUACUGAGGACGAUAGCACUACUGAACAGGCGUAUCCUAACGACGAUGCUAGCAAGAAACCAGAGUAUGCAUUUGUUAGAAAAGAAAGCGUAGAAUUAGAACUACCCCCAAAAGAUGGUUCAGAAAAAGGAGAAUCUUAUAAAAUUAAUCAUAAUGAAACAUUUAGUCUGACAAAAUUAAAUAAUGAUGAAAAUGACGGUGAUAGGGAAGUAUUGGCUGCUGAUUACGCUGAAACACCAAAAAAAGACUAUCGUGGUAAGGUAGUAUAGCUUAUGGCGAGCGACGGCGAUUCAGACUGAUCUGACAAAAUAUUCCUAAU